AUGGGAGGUAUUGAAGGUUCUCCGGGAACCUCCAUGCAUGGAGUCACCGGUCGGGAACCAGUGCUGGCCUUCUCUGUCGCGUCUCCCAUGGUUCCCACUGAUACCACCGCCAAGUUCGACCUCCCGGUGGACUCCGAACACAAGGCCAAAGUCUUUAAGCUCUUCUCAUUUGCAAACCCUCACAUGAGAACCUUCCACCUCUCCUGGAUCUCUUUCUUUACCACUUUCGUCUCCACCUUUGCCGCUGCUCCGCUGGUUCCCAUCAUCCGCGACAAUCUCAAUCUCACAAAAGCCGACAUAGGAAACGCUGGGGUUGCCUCAGUUUCCGGUAGUAUUUUCUCCAGGCUGGUGAUGGGUGCUGUAUGCGACUUGUUGGGACCUCGUUACGGCUGUGCUUUCCUUAUCAUGAUGUCGGCACCCACUGUGUUCUGCAUGUCAUUCGUCGCUGACGCUAGUGGCUACAUAGCUGUGCGRUUCAUGAUCGGGUUUUCUUUGGCUACGUUUGUGUCGUGCCAGUACUGGAUGAGUACCAUGUUUAACAGCAAGAUUAUCGGGCUUGUGAAUGGGACGGCUGCCGGGUGGGGAAACAUGGGUGGCGGAGCCACGCAGCUCCUGAUGCCGGUGUUGUUUGAGAUUAUCAAGAAGGCGGGAGCGACACCGUUUACGGCGUGGAGGAUAGCGUUUUUCAUACCUGGGUGGCUUAACGUAAUCAUGGGGAUACUGGUGUUGACUCUUGGCCAAGAUUUGCCUGAUGGUAACCUUGGUGCUCUUCAGAAGAAGGGUGAUGUUGCCAAAGAUAAAUUCGGCAAGAUAUUAUGGUAUGCUGCGACAAACUAUCGGACAUGGAUUUUUGUUCUUCUCUAUGGCUACUCGAUGGGCGUCGAGUUAACGAUCGAUAACGUGAUUGCAGAAUACUUCUACGACAGAUUUGAUCUAAAGCUUCACCUAGCCGGAAUCAUUGCGGCCACUUUCGGAAUGGCAAACCUCUUAGCUCGACCCUUUGGAGGGUUCACAUCGGAUUACAUGGCGAAACGAUGGGGAAUGCGAGGUCGACUCUGGAACCUAUGGCUCCUCCAAACAGCUGGCGGUGUUUGUUGCCUCUUACUCGGCCUAGUGAACUCGCUGCCUUUAGCCAUCACCUUUAUGAUCCUCUUCUCCAUCGGAGCACAGGCGGCAUGUGGAGCCACGUUCGGUAUCAUUCCCUUCAUUUCCCGGCGGUCCCUGGGCAUCAUCUCAGGGAUGACGGGUGCUGGUGGGAACUUCGGAUCAGGGCUAACCCAGUUGAUAUUCUUUGCGAGUGCAUCAUUCUCGACGGCGAAAGGAUUGUCUUACAUGGGUAUCAUGAUAGUAAUUUGCACAAUUCCGGUGAGUUUUGUUCACUUCCCACAAUGGGGAAGCAUGUUUUUUCCGGCGAGUGAAGACGUUGUAAAAGGCAGCGAAGAGCAUUACUAUGUUUCAGAGUGGACGGAGGAAGAGAAGCAGAAAGGGAUGCACCAAGCAAGUGUGAGGUUUGCCGAGAACAGCCGGUCGGAGCGUGGAGGGAAGGUGGCGUCGGCGGCAACACCACCGAAUAACACCCCCAACCAUGUUUGACUUUCCAACAAUUUCAGAUGUUGUUCAAUUAAAUAACAGAAUGUCUAUUUGAAUACCAUAAAACAAUGUCAAAAUAGCUAAUUAAACAAGCGUAAAUUGUAGUUU